AGCUUCAUCCGCAAAUCGCAACACACAGACAAAGCCUCCUCGCUCCAAUCUUGUCUACAUCGAGAGCGCGAGAUCGAGAGCUCCAAGCCAAACCAGCCUAGCCAGCAGCAGAGGUAGACGAACCAGAGCGGCAUGGCGGGCGGCGACGAGGGCUCCCUGGUGCCGAGGCAGGUGCCGGGCAGCUACGGCAUGCCGUUCGUCUCGGCCAUCCGCGACCGCCUCGACUUCUACUACUUCCAGGGCCAGGACAAGUACUUCGAGUCCCGUGUCGAGAAGUACGGCUCCACCGUCGUCCGCAUCAACGUCCCGCCGGGCCCCUUCAUGGCGCGCGACCCGCGGGUGGUCGCCGUGCUCGACGCCAAGAGCUUCCCCGUGCUCUUCGACGUCGACAAGGUCGAGAAGAAGAACCUCUUCACCGGCACCUACAUGCCCUCCACCUCCCUCACCGGCGGCUUCCGCGUCUGCUCCUACCUCGACCCCUCCGAGCCCACCCACACCAAGGUCAAGCAGCUGCUCUUCUCCCUCCUUGCCUCCCGCAAGGACGCCUUCAUCCCGGCCUUCCGUUCCCACUUCUCCUCGCUCCUCGCCACCGUGGAGUCGCAGAUCGUGCUCGGCGGCAAGUCCAACUUCAACACGCUCAACGACGCCACCUCCUUCGAGUUCAUCGGCGACGCCUACUUCGGCGUGCUCCCUUCUGCGUCAGACCUAGGUACCACCGGCCCGACCAAGGCCGCAAAGUGGCUCAUAUUCCAGCUCCACCCGCUCGUCACGCUCGGCCUCCCCAUGAUCCUCGAGGAGCCGCUCCUCCACACGGUGCACCUCCCUCCCAUCCUCGUCAGCGGCGACUACAAGGCGCUCUACAAGUACUUCUUCGCCGCUGCGACCAAGGCGCUCGACACCGCCGAGGGCCUCGGACUGAAGCGGGACGAGGCAUGCCACAACCUGUUGUUCGCCACCGUGUUCAACAGCUACGGUGGCCUCAAGGUGCUUCUCCCGGGGAUCCUCGCGCGCAUCGCGGGGGCCGGAGAGAAGUUCCACCAGAAGCUCGUCGCGGAGAUACGCGCCGCCGUGGCGGACGCCGGCGGCAAGGUGACGAUAGAGGCGCUGGAGAAGAUGGAGCUGACCAAGUCGGCGGUGUGGGAGGCGCUGCGGCUGGACCCGCCCGUCAAGUUCCAGUACGGCCGCGCCAAGGCGGACAUGAACAUCGAGAGCCACGACGCGGUGUUCGCCGUGAAGAAGGGGGAGAUGCUGUUCGGGUACCAGCCGUGCGCCACCAGGGACCCCCGCGUGUUCGGCUCCACGGCGAGGGAGUUCGUCGGCGACCGGUUCGUCGGGGAGGAGGGAAGGAAGCUGCUGCAGUACGUGUACUGGUCCAACGGGCGGGAGACCGAGAGCCCCAGCGUGGACAACAAGCAGUGCCCAGGCAAGAACCUGGUCGUGCUCGUGGGCAGGCUCCUGGUGGUGGAGCUGUUCCUCCGGUACGACACCUUCACCGCCGACGUCGGGGUCGACCUGCUCGGCACCAAGGUUGAGUUCACCGGCGUCACCAAGGCCACGUCCGGUCCUGAGAGCGCUGUUUAAAAAUUAGAACCUGCACCGGUCAUCGGAUCAACGUACCGCAGCAGCUCUCUCACAGCAGCCAUCAAUCGUCCCCGUCAGCGCGCACGUACGUACGUGCCUCGCUAUAUACUACUAGUACGAGUCAGUCAUGCAUGCAUCUUGUUCGGUUGCUUCGCUGCAUCGCUGCAUCCUGCAUGGUGCCCUUGUGUAUGUGUGUUUUACUUUUCGCAAUCUUGCCCAGUGUAAUAAGCCGGACUUUCCUGUAAUAAGAUUCUCACUCUUGGCGUACGGUAAAA